AAACCACAUCACAUCAAACAGCUGUAAAAGAGAGUACCAGUGACAGGGCUGAGAAGAGACAGGGUGCUUGUGUUACAGAAACUGGCAUUUAGCAAUGUUUUCCUCAGGAGCUGUUUGAACUCAAAUGGAUCUUUCUUUCCUCAUUAUUUCUUUAACAAGCAAAGCUGUUAAAAUUGCUUAACUCAAAUCUACCAUACACUUGCAGUCUAAGUUCUUCUUUGUUCUCUAAGUUUAAGUUCUCAUGUUUUCUGUAAGUCCUCCUGUCUUUUGUCUCCCACUGUUUAGGUGGGGUUGGUUUGAUGAAGUCCUGUGCCUGUGGAAGGAAUUAUUGCUGUAGCACAAUAGUAGUGUGAUCUGGGGUGGCAUCCUCCUCAUGCAGUGAUGGUUAAGAGAAUGGAAGGUAUUCUUUUGCCCCUUGUACAGUCCCCAAAAUGUUAAGUUCUUAACAGGCACGUACCAAAGAGCUUUUUGGCUUGUGCUUGCUCAGAACAACACAAGUACUUGUCUGGAUGGACGUUGUGGGUUUUUUCUUCAUAAUAACACUCACUUUAAUAAGAUCAAUUACUAUUUCUAAAAUGUCAGGUAAAAGGUGAAGAAAGCCAGAGACUGUCAUGACUGCUGCUGGUCUUCUUUUCUCAUCAGUCUUUGACUCUAAAAUAUUGACUCUGUGAUCAGCCUUCAUUAUCUGCUUAGAAACCAUCUCAGCAAGAAAGUACACUGUCAUCCUCAGUGUAUGGCACGGUCUCAAUGAAAUAAGUUGGCUGUAGACAAGCAUUGUUACACACCUUGUUAUCUCCUCAAAUGAGUAAGGCAAGUCUUGUAAAGAACUGUGCAGUGCAAAAUUGAAACUCAGACUUUGAUUUCCUGCCUUGCAGAUUGCCAGUUUAGUGAGUGCGAGAUCACUGUGAUGCUCACUUUUUGUGCUGCAGAAUGGCUAAUUAAAAGUCUUAUGUGGAGCUGUUGAUGAAAAAUACGUCAUCUUUGACAGGUGAUGUACCUGUCAAAGAAGACACAGAGCUUUAUACUUUUUUUCUUGAGAUAGGUACAGUAUUUUGAAGAUGGAGAUGACAUCUGAAUCUCUCCUGACAGUGCCCGAUGUUUCUAAAACCUCACUUCUUUCCCUGAGGUGUGAAUUCUAAUACUGCUUUUAGCAGCCUUUGUUCCUUGUUGAUUUGAUGCUUGAUUCCUAUUUGAUGCUCAAAUAGACAUCAUCCAUUUCUUCUAUCAGUUGUUAAUUCCCUAGUUACGCCUGAAGGGAAUGUUUAAAAAGAAAAUUUCUGUAUGACUGGCUGAUCUGCAGAAAUCAGAUCUCUUUCGGGCUGGUUGGGGGCUGGUUUUUGGUUUUGUUUUGUUUUUUUCUUGCAGACUGAAGAAUAAGAGAAUGAAAUGUAGGCAUCUCAGCUUUGCUAGUACUGACUCUGACAACCAGCAAACAACCCUAUUCUCCAACAGUGACUUCAGUGAUUGUUAAUAAAUGAGCCAGCAGCCCUGCAUGUUGCCAUCUUAAUGAGACCAUAUAUUAACCAAUGAUCUUUAACUGUUCAUAAACUGUUUUUCUCUUGUGGCUAAUGGCCAUUUUUAAAAAUGUCCUAAGGUGAAUACUAAUACAUACAUUGACACUUAACUUACAAGUGCACCUUUUUGUUUGAUAGACUAAUAUUUAGAACAUCUGAAAUUUGGACAUUUCCCACAUACCUUGCUUUUGGGAAACCCAGUCAUCUGCCAGGAGCUUAAAUUUCAGUCCAGCCAAAACACUUGUAAGAUUCCUUAGUUUGGUUUCCUAUUUCUGGCAUUAUCAAGGACAGGUCUUGACUUCUCUGUGAUAUGAAAUGCUGUGAAACCACAAUUAAAUCUUUACUGCCUCAGGAAGCAAAUGUGAAUCAUGUUGGGGUAUCAGGUGGCUGAAUGGAUCAGGCUUAAAAGGUUUGAUCUCAUCUAGAAGGAUGUGUCUUCUAAAACAUUUUGAAUUAAUUUGAAGGUAAGUUCAUAUAUGAGCAGGUAAGAAUUGUCAUUGUAAUUGUUACCAUAGUUAUUUUUGUAACUGACUUUGAGCAGAGAAUGUGCUUAGGGAGUUAUCUUAUAAUUGUUAAUUUUGACAACAUCCCAGGGAAAGGGUUGUCCCAGGACUCCUGCCCUGCUCUGGCUGCCUAGAGACUCUCCCUGAACAUGUCUAGAUGUGCCCUCCUUAGCAGGGUCUCCUCUUGGACAUAUCCUGACACAUUAGGCAGCUUCUUGGAGUCAGCUCUUCUCCAAACAAAGAUGAGUAGGUACAUGUCGUUUUGUUUCAACAAAAACUUUUGUUUGUUAAUUAUUUUUUAAUUAUUCUUUUUAGGAACUGGUUGAUAUAGUGCCUUGGAGUGUCUGUGGUAAGUCACGGUGAUGCAGAGUGGUUGGUGCAGAACCGUGGCAGGGCAGCUCACAGCUGACAGCUGCUGGUGAAUGAGAGAGCUGCCCGAAGACCUCCCCAGACUGCAGACAAACUUUGACAGAGAAAGUGGGAACUGGCAGGUGACAAGCAGAAGAACUGUCUAAGUAAUCCAGCUAUCUUUUAGUGACAUGCCAGCUUCUGACUCUCAUUUGACACAGGUCAGUUUGGAAGUCCAGGUGAAUUAGGUGCGAUUCUACCCAUUCAGACUUCAUUGAGUGCACCUUUAUGGAGUGAGUACCCUAAAAAAUCACACAGACAGAAGAUGGAUAGAGCUGUGAUGCUAAGGAAAAGCAAGGAAAAUAAAAAGAGAGACUGUUUUCAAGCAUGCUUUUCUUGGAAGGUUGAGGUAAAAUGAAACCAUUUUAAGGGUGAUUAAGAAUCAUAAGCUGGAAAUUACUUCAGGGUACAGACCUUGAAGUCAUCAUCUACAGUUUGGAACUAUGCAGCAAGUAGUAGUGAUAAACUGGAAGUAAUAAUUGUAAUCCUAGUAACUGCUUAGAGGAGUUACUAAUCCCCAAUUACACAUAGAGCAAUUGCCCAACAGUUGUCGUGCUCUAUGAGUUGUCAAAGAUUUAGAAAUCCAGAUGGAUUCUUUCUUUCUGCUAAGGGAAGGAAAUAGGCUUCUUAGGAUAGCAACUGGGAACAAUGAAUCCCAACAGAAAACCCAUAUGUGGAAGCUGCUACUCCCUUGUAUAUCUGCCUCCCUUGACAGCAUCAGUAAAUACAUGCAGAGACACUCCAUGGCUUUGCUUUGAUAGGCGUCUGACACACUAGCAGAUACACACUAGCAGUGUUUCCAUUUGGAAAUGAGUGCCUCCAGAAAUUGAAGAUACUAAACAUCAGAGCUGCUGACACUUUGUCCCCCUCCUGCAUGUCUGGCUCAUCAAGGAAAGCCCAGAAGGUUUAUUUUUAAAUCUAAGGGGUAUAGUGAUACAUGUUGGAGGUAGCAUAAUAAAGGUCCGGGCUACCUGGUAGAAUUUCUUCCCUUGUUUCCAUGACUUUUGCCAGUCAAACUAAUUAUCUUCUCUCACACCCUGAAAUCAUGGUCCCCAACCCGUUGCUAGGACUGUAGGUUCUCUUUUUGUUGGCAUUUUAGGUACCUGGGAGAGGCAUUUGACUUUUUACUGUACUGGCAUCAAGAGAUACAAGACCAGUGUUUUUAGUUGAUACCUUGGCCUAAGUACUUGAGGCUUUGCUUCAGUGAGAAAUGGGAUUCUUGGCUUUGUUUAUCAGCUUCUGACCAGGUUUACAUAGGGCAGUUCUCCUGGGCAGUCCCAUCAGUCCCUGGUCUGCUGUGCAGAUGAAUCCUGCCCUUCUCAACCACUCUGCCAAACCCCACAUCUCAAAUUUGUUAGAUACUGGGAGAAAAAAUUCCUUCUAAUCCUUCUUUAAUAUAAGCAGUUACAUGAUCAAAAAUUCUUGCCUGUGUCUAUUAGAGGCUUGUCUUUGUCCCUAAAGAUAAAGCCCAGGCCCUUCCCUAACCCAAAUGAAAGCAGUUCAAAGGAGAUAAAAUCAGGAACAGCAUAAGAAAUAGCAUAUUGGUAAUCUGAGGUGUGUAUAUAAAGUCCCACAGCAAGAAUUCCUAAGUGUUGUCUGUUUAAACAUAUUUAAAGUGUGUGUUCCAAGGAACCACUAGAUGACAGGCACUUUGCUGGGUGCCUAUGUGCAUGACCACCUUUAAAAAACCCUCACAGUAGUCUGUGAUCCAGCUACUGCUGAGACUGAGACUUGUGAGAGAGGCAAGGAUUCAUCUCAUUCCACCUGAACUUCCUGACCUGGCCUGACCAGAGGAUGUCACACCCCUCUGCCUGCACUAUCUCCUCCAGUCCAUUAGUAAACUAGUUUGAAAAGUAAUGGGAAGGAGGUACAGAGCCAGGGAAAUCUUUAACUUGAUGAUGCUCAUCAGUAGGAGUAAUCUAUUCACACAGAAGCAUCCUGAGUGGUAGUGAUGUGCUAUUUUUUAAGACUGUCCUUUCAGCAACUUAUUUAAUACUGUAAGCUAUUUAUACACAUCAUUUAUAAUAAAUCCCACUGCCAGGGACAGGCAUUUGGCUUUUUAGUAAUUUGCAAAAGUUUCCAUGAUGUGGGGCAACUCACAUUCUUUGUGUGUGUCUUUCAGUUUAACAGCUUAUUUAAAUUUAAAAUUACCUUGGAUUAUUCCUUCCAGCAGAAUUCUGGCUUAUACCCAUGAGGCUACUGUCAGGGCUAGCUGGCAUGUUGCAGUUCUGCAGGCAAGACAAGAACUGCAUGGAUACUGCAAGAAGAGUCACAAACUCCCUCAAAACAGGCAGCUUUCGCAAACCCUGAUGUUUUCCAAUGACAACUUGCAUCUCUAGCACCACUAAAACACACCCUGAAGAAUGGAUGCACUUAUGGGAAAUGUGUAAAGCUCUUGCCAUCACCUUUUUUAGCAGUCUGAGCAGUGGUGUCCCACGUUAUGGCGUUGGCAAUACGAGUGGCUGGUCAGCAGGUCCACCGGAGCGCUGCUGCUGCUGGGCUCAGCAGCUCUGCACAAGGCACUCUGCAGUUUGGGCUCCUGUCCAAAGGCCCCGGCGUUGGGGUUCUCACCCGGACACACCGCUGGAGGCCUUGGCUCGGCCACUGCCCCAUGGGAUGCUGGAGCAGCACACACAGAGCUGGCAGGGAGCAAAUUCCUGGCACUGGAGGAAUGAGACUGACAGCAGCUGAGCAAGUCUUGCUUGUAAAAUGGUCCUGAAAGAUGUCCUGGAAAAAAACUGUUUAAACAGAGGAAGGAAGCUGAGUCCUUGGAGUAGAUCAGCUACUUUUUAUUAUACAGACACUGCUGACAGCCUCCUUCACUGGGAGAUCUGUCCAAAGGGGUUGAGCUCAGAGUGUACCUUGGCAGGGGCCCAAACACACAGGGUUCAUGUUCAGACCUGGCACUUCAGUGUGCCUUCAGAGGACCCAAAGGCCCCCUAGAUCAUUCUGCAUCCACAAUGGUCACAGAUACCUUUUUCCACUGGCCUUUGUAUUUGGUUUCUGCUGCUUGAAAGUAUUUUAAAACAGCAACCCCUCAGAAAAGUUCACCUGCAGCAGGGGAGUUUGAGCAUGAAGGUGGCUUUUUGAUCCCUUACCUUAUCAUGCUGAUUGCUGAGGGGAUGCCGCUGCUGUACUUGGAGCUGGCCGUGGGGCAGCGUAUGCGGCAGGGCAGCAUUGGUGCCUGGAAAAUAAUCAGUCCCUACCUCUGCGGUGUUGGAGUUGCCAGUGUUGUUGUCUCCUUCUUCCUCUCCAUGUACUACAAUGUGAUAAACGCCUGGGCCUUCUGGUACCUCUUCCACUCCUUCCAGGACCCUCUGCCAUGGGCCACCUGUCCCCUCAACAGCAACCGCACGGGCUACGAGGAGGAGUGUGAGAAGACCUCGUCCACGCAGUACUUCUGGUACCGCCAGACGCUGAACAUCUCCCCGUCGCUGGAGGCCAGCGGCAGCGUGCAGUGGGAGCAGGCGCUGUGCCUGACGCUGGCCUGGCUCGUGGUUUACCUCUGCAUCCUCCGCGGCACCGCCUCCACCGGCAAGGUCGUCUAUGUGACAGCCUCUUUGCCAUACUGUGUUCUCAUCAUAUACCUCAUCAGAGGAUUAACACUUCAUGGAGCUGUGAAUGGGCUUGUCUACAUGUUCACACCAAAGCUGGAGCAGCUGUCGAACCCCAAGACCUGGAUCAGCGCUGCCACGCAGAUCUUCUUCUCGCUGGGCCUGGGCUUCGGCAGCCUCAUUGCCUUCGCCAGCUACAACGAGCCCACCAACAACUGCCAGAGACACGCCAUCAUCGUGUCCCUCAUCAACAGCACAACCUCCAUAUUUGCCAGCAUUGUCACUUUCUCCAUCUACGGCUUCAAGGCCACCUUUAACUACGAGAACUGUAUCAACAAGGUGAUCCUGCUGCUGCUGAAUGCUUUUGACCUGGAGGAAGGCUCUGUAACAGCAGACAACCUCAAUGAGAUGAAAGAUUACCUCAUGGCCACCUACCCGCAGGAAUAUGCCCAAUUAGCCCCACAGAUUAAAAACUGCAGCUUGGAAGCUGAGCUAGACACGGCUGUGCAGGGGACAGGACUGGCCUUUAUCGUGUAUUCGGAAGCGAUCAAAAACAUGGAGGUGCCCCAGCUGUACUCUGUGCUCUACUUCUUCAUGCUGCUGAUGCUGGGCAUUGGCAGCAUGCUGGGGAACACGGCUGCCAUCCUCACGCCGCUGACCGACAGCAAGGCCAUUGCCUCCCGCUUUCCCAAGGAGGUGAUCUCGGGAGUUGUGUGUUUCAUGAAUUGCAUAAUUGGCCUGAUCUUCACCUUGGAGGCUGGAAAUUACUGGUUUGACAUUUUCAACGACUACGCAGCCACCCUCUCACUGCUGCUCAUCGUGCUGGUGGAAACCAUCGCUGUGUGCUACAUCUACGGGAUAAGGAGAUUUGAGAAAGAUCUUUACACCAUGAUUGGAUGCAAGCCAAACUGGUAUUGGAAAAUCAUGUGGGCUUUUGUUAGUCCACUGCUAAUUAUAAGCCUAUUUAUUUUUUACCUCACCGACUACAUCCUCACAGGAACAUUGCAAUACCAAGCAUGGGAUGCCACACAGGGGCAGCUGGUGACCAAGGAUUACCCAGGCUACGCCCUGGCGGUGAUCGGGCUGCUGGUGGCGGCCUCCACCAUGUGCAUACCCCUGGGAGCACUAAUAACUUUUGUAAGGAAGAGACUGAAGAGGGAACGAGUGUCAACUGUGGCAUGAAAGCUGACAGCUGGAUCUGGGCAGACCGUCCCCAGUGACCGGGCACUUCUGGAAGACAGCAGCAACCAUUAUUUGUAGCAGCUAUUUAUAGAGUUGAGAAUGGUGGGUGCUAUAUUGACCAAAAAGUGCUCUUGGGAGGUUCCACAACGGUUUGGGGAAAAAAAGCUCUUCUGUAACAAGAUGAAGCUUUAACGUGGCCUCUGAAAAGAGGUGAGAAGAGCAGCUCACAAAAUGCCAGUUAGCACAAAUUAACCAGCACAUCAGCCCAUUACACGUUAGGUGAUUCUUUUCCACUCUUGUAGCACUGCCUGUGUGGAAACAUGAAUGGACAACCAAGCAUGUUCCUGCACUAACAUCCCAGCAAAUACCCCCAAACCAUCCAAGACACUUAAUUGUACUCAUUGUUUGAAAUGACAUCUGUAUUUCAUCAGCAGGUGAAACUGUUGAAAUCUGGCAAUGAGAAUGUGACAAUUGCUUUCCUACAUGGGAGUGAGUACUCAGCAGGAUGGCAGUGGGAGAUAAAUGUGGCCAACACGGCUUCUUUUAUACUUGUGUCCAGCAAAGCAGUGAAUAUAUAUAUUUAUACAUGCAUACAUCUAUAUAUAUGCACAUAUAUAUAUUUAUACAUGCAUAUAUCUAUAUAUAUGCACACAUAUGUGUGAGUUGCACAAGUUCUCCCACCUCCAGAAGUAAGCUUCCAAUUUCAGUAUCCAACAGUGCAUUGUGCUGUACUUUGUAUUUUCUAGGGAUGUGCUUUAAGUACACUAGAAGGUAUCUGUGAUAAAGCUGCUGUAUGAGCCCCACCCAAACAAAAGUAUGCCAUAUAAUUAGCUUUGACAAAGUUCAUAUCCAGGUAUUCUUUAAUCAUCAGAUGUAACAAUCCAGCAGUUCCAUGGACCUGGUUAAUUUCCCUGUGUAAAUGUUUUAUAAAGAAAGCAACAUGUUUGAAUUGCAAGCUUCAUGUAAUAGAAAACAUUAAAAUUAUAUCUAUGAACUUUAGAAAA